AUGAGAACGCAACCCGCCCAAAUGAAUCAAGACCUGGAGACGAUCUUCAGAGAGCUGGGCAUCGCUCAGUAUCUCGAUACCUUUGUUGAGCAGGGCUUCGAUACCUGGGACACCAUUCUCGACAUUCAGGAGUCUGACCUUGAUGCUUUAGGAGUUAAACUGGGUCAUCGAAGAAGACUCCAGCGGCGAAUCGCCAACGCAAGGGGCAUCGACCCCAGCAUCUCACUGUCAACAAUCAAGGCUGCCAUUGAAGAAGGCAAACAUGACGGUACUUACAAAAAAAGAGAGCCUGGUCAUAAUGGCGAUGGCAGUGUUGGGCCGAAGCGCAAGUACCGCCGGCACCCUAAGCCAGACGAGAAUGCACCUGAACGUCCCAUGUCCGCAUAUGUGCUCUUCUCAAAUAAACUAAGAGAAAGCCUUAAAGGCGAUCGCUCUCUCACAUUUACCGAAAUCGCCAAAUUGGUGGGAGAGCAUUGGCAGAACCUAUCAUUACCAGAAAGAGAGGUGUAUGAAGGCCAAGCAAGACAGAGUAAAGAGCGAUAUUACCGAGAGAUGGCGGUUUAUAAAGAAACGCCAGAAUAUCGCAAGUAUAUGAAGUAUCUCGACGAGUUCAAUGACAAGCAAUCUAAACCCAGUCAACGCAACGAAGACGCAAAACGAGCAAGGUUGGAGCAGCAUGAGCUCAUGCACGAUCACAACGGUUCCGGAAGUAGUAUUGUCAGCGGCAGCACAGUUCUAGGCGGUUCAACUUCGACGGCGAGUGGUAGCAGCAGCGUGAGAACGCAAGAUAGCGAAUCGCGCGAAUCUCCAAAUCUUCGGCAAAACAGCGUCCACUCAAUAUUGUCUGGCCCAGAAUCACAUCAUCCCUCAAUAGCCCCUAUCCCAUCUCCAGCAUCGGCUUACUUUGAGAACGAUAACCCUAAGCGAGUCAGCAAUUCAGGCCACUUACGGCGAGGCUCUUCGUCGAUAAGAGGUGCAACGCAAAUGAUGCCACAUCAAGCCGACAUGUCACAACAGCAGCAGCAACAUCUGCCAUCGCUUUCCGAUAUGUUGUCCAAUGGGCAAGGAAGAUUAGACCCCCCGGGGAUCGAGACAGUGGGACUCCCCCACGCGUUCACAACACAUCACAGGCCAUCAGCGUCCCAAGGAGAACACGCAUUGCCGCCCGUAGCAGUACCAGGUCUCCACCACGAGUCGUCGUCAAGCGGCAGCAGUGUCCCGACGAUAGCAUCGGGCAGAGGUAGCCGUAGACUGAGCGAGGGACCUUUGGCAAUCCAUGCGCUUCUAUCAGACCAAAGUCAAACGUCUCACCGCCGAGAUGAAGGCCCGUUAUAUACAGCUAGCUACGUUGCUAGUCCAGGUGAGCGGGAGAGGUCAGCCUUUGGCCCUUAUCAAGGGCCUAAGGGAUAUGGGUUUCAAACUGCGUCCUCGGCUUUGCAGAACAUGAGAGUCGAAGAGAUGAGCGAUGGCGAUGUUCUUAUGACCUCGGCAGAUGAGCAGAUAUCCAUUCCUCAUACUUAUGAAGCAGCCGGCCUUGACGGGGUUAACGCUUUGCUAAAAGCUGGCGAGCUUGUUGACGAUCGGCGGAGCUAA